CUGGAGCUCAAACAGUGAAAAUGGCUUCAUCAGCUGAAUAUGACUAUAAUUGUCCCGUGUGCUGUGAAAUCUUCAAGACUCCUGUUAUUUUAUCAUGUAGUCACAGUGUCUGUAAAGAGUGUCUUCAACAGUUCUGGAGAACCAAGAAAACUCAGGAGUGUCCUGUCUGCAGGAGAAGAUCCUCAAAAGAAAAUCUUCCAUUAAAUCUGGCAUUACAAAACUUGUGUGAGUCGAUCCUGAAGGAGAGAAAUGAGAGGCGUUCAUCAGGAUCUGAGGAGAUCUGCAGUUUACACAGUGAGAAACUCAAACUCUUCUGUCUGGAGGACAAACAGGCUGCGUGUGUAGUGUGCGUUACUUCACAGAAACACGUCAGUCACACAUUCAGACCCAUCAGUGAAGUUGUUCCUUCAUAUAAGGAGGAGCUCAAUAAAUCACUGAAGUCCUUACAGAAGAAACUUCAACACAAUGAAAACAUUAAAGAAGAGUUUGAGAAAACAGUUGAACACAUCAAGUCUCAAGCUGAGCACACAGAGCAUCAGAUUAAACAGCAGUUUGAGAAGCUUCAUCAGUUUCUCAGAGAUGAAGAAGAAGCUACAAUCACUGCACUGAGAGAGGAAGAGGAGCAGAAGAAGCAGAUGAUGAAGGAGAAGCUGGAGGAGAUGAACAGACACAUCUCAACUCUUUCACACACAAUCAAAGACACGGAGGAGAUGAUGAAAGCCAAUGACGUCUGCUUUCUGAAGGAGUUUCCAGUCUCGAUGGAAAGAGUCCAGAUCUCAUCACAGCCGGAUCCACAGACGCCUUCUGGAGCUUUGAUUCAUGUGCCGCGUUACUUGGGCAACCUGCCCUUCAGAGUCUGGAAGAAGAUGCAGGACAUCCAAAACACUCCUGUGAUUCUGGAUCCAAACACUGCAGAUCCACUUCUCAUCCUGUCUGAUGAUCUGACCAGUGUGAGACUCAGUGGGAACAAACAACCUCUUCCUGAUAAUCCAGAGAGAUUUGACUCUUAUCCUUGUGUUCUGGGUUCAGAGGGUUUUAACUCAGGAACACACUGCUGGGAUGUGGAGGUUAAAGAGAGUUCAGUCUGGAGUCUUGGAGUAACUACAGCAUCAAACCAGAGGAAGGGAUGGGGUUUCUUUAUCACUGAUGUCUGGAGUUUGACAUAUGGAUUGUUUGGUUUUCCUGUUAAACAGGAUCUUAAGCGUGUGAGAGUGUAUCUGGACUAUGACAGAGGAACAGUGUCAUUCUCUGAUCCUGUAACUAACACACAUCUACACACAUUCACAACCACCUUCACUCACACACUCUUUCCUUUCUUCUGUACUCUUGACUCUCUGAGGAUCUUAUCGUUCAAUUGUCAGUAAAUGUUACUCCUGUAGUUCUGGAUCCACCUGCUUUCAUCUUUUACACUCAUCAUGUCUCCAAUAUUCAAUCCAUAUCACAAUUUAAAUAUUUGCUCAACAUGAGACUAAAUGAAUAAUUGUUUAUUUCAGUUAUAGAGGUUAAAUUAUAAAUUUGAUCAGUUUGUUCACUGAGGUAAAUCAGAGAUGGGUAACUGGCGGCUGCAGUGUUUUUAAAACACACACAUGCACACACAUUUAAAACUCACACACACUCUCACACACACACACACACACACACACACACACACACACACACACACACACACACACACACACACACACGUUCUCCAUCACCGUUUGUCUCUUAAUUACAGUAACUGUUUGUAUGUUAUAAAUAACAAAAAUAAAUAACAGUAUAUAAAUAAACGCUUGGAUGCAAA